AUGGAAACUCAAAGAAGAAUUCUAAGUCUGAAGGACCAAUCCGGUCGGAGUGUUGAGUUAACUCUAUGGGGUGAUUUCUACAAUAGGGAAGGUCAAAAUCUGCAAGAACUGGCUGACUGUAGGCUUUUCCCGAUUUUAGCUGUCAAAGCUGGGAAAGUUAACAACUUCAGUGGAAAAUCUAUAGGGACCAUUUCUUCCACCCAGCUCUUCACAAGUCCAGAUUCUCCAGAGGCCCAAAGCUUGAGAGUUUGGUUUGAUCAACGGGGCAAAAAUAUUGCUUCUCAAUCCAUCUCUAGAGAGAUGCCUGGAGGACCAAAGAAUGAGAUUCGUAAAACUGUGUCUCAGAUCAAGGACGAAGGCUUGGGAAUAUCAGAUAAGCCAGACUGGGCUACAAUGAAGGCAUCCAUAUCAUUCAUCAAGACAAAUACGUUCUGCUACACCGCUUGCCCACUGAUGAUUGGAGAUAGACAAUGUAAUAAAAAAGUGACAAGGUCAGGAAAUUCAAGAUGGCAAUGUGACCGGUGCAAUCAGGAAUUCGAGGAGUGUGAUUACAGAUACCUUCUUCAAGCUCAAGUUCAGGAUCAUACGGGGUUGACAUGGGUGACCUCUUUUCAGGAAUCAGGUGAAGAGAUUGUGGGUUGCUCAGCAAAUGAGUUGUACUUCUUGAAAUAUGAAGAGUAG